AACCUCAUUGGUCCAAAACAAUUAUAAUUAAUUAAAAAAUAAAAAAUCUUCUGUUUAUUUGUUAUAUCUUUCUCUCCAUGGUGACUGAGUCUCUCCUUAUAACCCGGCAUAACUCACAGACACUUGUCGAUUCUACCAUACUCCCCAAUCUCAAGAUCGUUUACACACGACACUCAACAACGUUGUUGCUCAAUACACACGAGUAAUCAUUCUGAAGGACAGUGACUGAAAAUACCACAUGAUCUACUUUAGGAUAAUAUUUAAGAGAGAGAUUGCUUAAGUGAAAAUCUUACUUCUGGUUUAAGUCUUUGAAAGUGGGGUCAAACAUGAACUUUUCUUGGGAUGCAAUGAGUGUGAAGCCAUCUGGAAAUGUUAAUCUAGCGAGGCAGUCUUCGAUAUACUCCUUGACUUUUGAUGAGUUGCAGAGUACGGUUGGUGGAGUUGGAAAAGAUUUUGGAUCAAUGAACAUGGAUGAACUCUUGAAGAACAUAUGGAAUGUUGAAGAGACUCAGGCGUUGACAUGUUCGGCCGUUGGAGGGGGAGGAGAAGGACCUAACAGUACAAUUGGUAGUAAUUUGCAAAGACAAAGUUCCUUGACUUUGCCAAGGACACUUAGUCAGAGAAAAGUUGAUGAGGUUUGGAAGGAAUUGAUGAAAGAUGAUGGAAAUAGUGGUUCAUCUAUCCCUCAGAGACAGCCAACAUUAGGUGAAGUGACCUUGGAAGAGUUUUUGGUGAGAGCUGGUGUUGUGAAAGAAGAUGUGCCUAAUCAUGUUCAACAAAUUGAAAGACCGAAUAAUAAUGAAUGGUUUAGUGGCUUCUCUAGAUCAAACAACAGCACCAAUCUACUUCGCUUUCAACAACCAAAUCGAAAUAAUGGAGAUAUGAGUGAUAAUAUUAACUUAGUUCCUAAACAGGUUCCGGUUCCUGUUUCUGUUCCUCUUCCUCCUUCAUCAAUUAACUUGAAUCACUCGCAACGGCCGCCGCCCCUUUUCCCGAAACCUACAAAUGUAGCAUUUGCUUCUUCUAUUCAUAUGCUAAACAAUGCUCAACUCGGUAACCCGGGUAGACGGGGAGGAAUGGUUGGAGUUCAAGAGCAUUCCAUGAAUGGUGCAUUAGUUCAAAACAGUGUAGCUCCUGGUGUUGGAAUGAUUGGUUUAUCCGCGGCGAAUGUCACGGCUCCUAUUGCUUCUCCGGGAAGUAAACUGUCGCCAGACAUAAUUACAAAGCGUAAUUUAGAUCCUUUACUUUCACCAGUUGCUUAUGGAAUCAACAGAGGGAGGAAAUUUGGUGCUGUAGAAAAAGUAGUCGAAAGGAGACAAAGGAGAAUGAUAAAGAAUAGAGAAUCAGCUGCGAGGUCACGGGCUCGCAAACAGGCCUACACUGUUGAACUAGAGGCUGAAGUUGCAAAACUUAAGGAAGUAAACGAGGAAUUACAAAGAAAACAGGCAGAGUUUAUGGAAAUGCAGAAAAGCAAGGAGGAUAUGCUACAGGUAAAUAAAAUAAGAUACUUGAGAAGGACACUUACAGGUCCAUGGUAGAUUUUAAAGCUUGUAGGAAUGAAGGCAUUGUUAUGUCAUAAGAAGAGGAGUUAUGCAUGUAAGGUGUGAAGUAAUUACAGUUUAACAGUAGACAGGAUGGUAGAUUUUAUGUAUAGGUAUUAGGUACUAGAAGCAUUUAGUUGUAAAUUAAAGUAUUAAACUUGCAUUUGUAUCAUAAACUAUUUUACUUUCUUGAAUGUCAUUUUCUUGUAUCAAGUGUAUAAUGAUUAGACCAGCCUGUUUCCUGUUGAA